UAGACAAUCAUCCUUCUUCUUCUUCUCAUUCUUUUUUCGUUCCCUGCUUUUCUUCUCCAUUUACACAAAAAUUCUGCUUAUUCUCUGCCAGUGAAGUUGAAGAAGAAGAAGGAAAAAUAAAAGAUGUGGAAACUGAAGAUAGCAGAAGGCGGAGCAUGGCUGAGCUCGGUCAACGAUCACAUUGGAAGACAGCAUUGGGAGUUCGACCCCGACGCCGGAACCGCUGCAGAACGAGCCCGAGUGGAGAAGCUUCGUCUCGACUUCAAAAACAAUCGAUUUCGAGCCAAACAAAGCUCCGAUCUCUUGUUGAGAAUGCAGCUUACCGAAGAAAAUCCACGUGGGUUGAUUCCGUCGCCGGUGACGGUGGAAGAAGAGCAAGCGGUGACGGAGGAGGACGUAACGGUUACCUGAGAAGGGCUAUCAGUUUCUAUUCUUCUCUUCAAGCUCAUGAUGGUCACUGGCCUGCUGAAAAUGCUGGCCCUCUGUUCUUCCUUCCUCCUUUGGUGAUGGCGCUGUAUGUUACUGGGGGACUUAAUGCUAUAUUAUCUCCUGAACAUCAAAAGGAAAUCAUUCGAUAUAUCUAUAACCACCAGAAUGAAGAUGGAGGUUGGGGACUACAUAUCGAGGGUCACAGUACGAUGUUCGGAACUGCAUUUAGCUACAUUACAUUGAGGUUGCUGGGGGAAGGGCCCGAAGACGGCGAGGAAAUGGCCGUUGCUCAAGGUCGAAAGUGGAUUCUUGACCAUGGUGGUCUGGUCGGGAUUCCAUCAUGGGGAAAGUUCUGGGUCACGGUACUUGGACUGUACGAGUGGGACGGUUGCAACCCUAUGCCACCGGAAUUCUGGCUUCUACCCAACAUCUUGCCGGUUCAUCCCGGGAAAAUGUUAUGCUACUGUCGAUUAGUUUACAUGCCGAUGUCGUACUUAUACGGGAAGAGAUUUGUUGGUGCCAUCACCGAUUUGAUUAAACAACUAAGAGAAGAGCUGUAUAAUCAACCUUACCAUGAAAUCAACUGGAAUGCAGCUCGAAACACUGUCGCCAAGGAGGAUCUUUACUUCCCACAUCCUCUUAUUCAGGAUCUAACAUGGGGUGUUCUUUACCAUGUUGCCGAGCCGAUACUAACACGGUGGCCGUUCACUAAGCUAAGGGAGAAGGCGCUGAAAGUUGCGAUUCGACAUGUACAUUAUGAAGAUGAGAACAGCAGGUACCUCUGCAUUGGAUGUGUAGAGAAGGUAUUGUGUCUAAUAGCCUGUUGGGUCGAAGAUCCUAACUCCGAGGCGUAUAAGCGUCACUUAGCUAGACUUCCAGAUUACUUUUGGAUGGCAGAAGAUGGCUUGAAAAUGCAGACUUUUGGUUCACAAAUGUGGGAUGCAGCGUUGGCUAUUCAGGCAAUCUUGUCGAGUAAUCUAAGUGAAUACUAUGGACCAACUCUUCGCAAGGCACACGAUUUCGUAAAAGCUUCACAGGUACGAGAGAAUCCAUCUGGUGACUUCUCAGCUAUGUACCGACACAUUUCAAAAGGUUCAUGGACAUUCUCCACACAAGACCAUGGCUGGCAAGUCUCUGAUUGUACUUCAGAAGGGCUAAAGUGUGCACUCUUGUUUUCACAAAUGCCAACUGACCUCGUCGGAGAAAAAAUGGAAACCCAACAACUCUACGACGCUGUCAAUGUUAUACUUUCCUUGCAAAGCAACAAUGGCGGUUUCCCGGCCUGGGAGCCUCAACGGGCUUAUAGUUGGCUGGAGAAAUUCAAUCCUACUGAGUUCUUUGAAGACACACUCAUAGAAAGAGAGUAUGUAGAAUGUACUUCUUCUGCAAUCGAAGCCCUUGCACUCUUUCGGAAACUGCAUCCCAAGCACCGGAGGGUCGAGAUCGAUCAUUGCAUAGCGAGGGGGGCUCAGUUCAUCGAAGAUACACAAAACCCAGAUGGUUCAUGGUACGGUUGCUGGGGAAUUUGCUACACUUAUGGUACAUGGUUUGCCGUGGAAGGGCUGGCAGCUUGUGGCAGAAACUACCACAACAGUCCUUCAAUGCGCAAAGCUUGUGAGUUUUUAUUGUCAAAGCAGCUGCCCAAUGGUGGCUGGGGGGAGAGUUACCUCUCUAGCAAAAAUAAGGUAUAUACCAACUUGGAGGGCAACCGUGCAAAUUUGGUUCAAACAGCAUGGGCACUGUUAUCCCUCAUUGAUGCUGGACAGGCUAAUGUGGAUUCUACACCGAUUCAUCGUGGGAUAAAGGUCUUGAUUAAUUCACAGAUGGAAGAUGGCGACUUUCCUCAGCAGGAAAUUACAGGAGUGUUUAUGAGGAAUUGCACGCUGCACUACUCGUCAUUCCGAAACACUUUUCCCAUAUGGGCGCUUGGAGAAUAUCGUUGCCAGAUUCUAUUUGCAUGAAUCAUUCAUCCUCACCAAUACGACCAAAAUCCAUACGGUCUUUCCAGAAAAGGAAAGAACAAAUGCAUGUUGCUUAUUUAUCAAAAUGAAAAUUACACUGAAACGCUGAUGCAAAAGAUCUUUUUCAUGUAGAAUAUUCCAUAGAAAAUAAAUAAAAUAAUAUAAAACAUAUUUUCUAACA